AACCAUCAGUCUCGCCGUGGGAAUCCCCGCCACUGGAGCGAUCGGUACCUUGGCGAGGCCAGCGCUGCCACUUGGGCGCCGUCCGCUACGGCAGGCAGCAGCAGACACGCCGCGAUGUGGGUUCUUCUCAUGGUGUUUUUCGCAGGUGCUGCCACCUGCUUGGAGGUCGAACCCCCGAGCAUAAUGGACGACCUUCGCUAUAUAUCCUACGACAUCCGUCCCUCGGAAAACAAGAGCACGAUCGUGUGCAACUACACGCUGGGCGACGGCCAGGCGGUGUCCGCUGUCCUCUGGGAGAUCCUGAAGGAGGAAGGCUCGGCCGGAACCUUCGAGUGGAAGCCCAACGCCCCUGCGACUGCCACUGGUCUCCUGAAGGACAAGGUGAACCUCGAACGCGAUGACAGUGACCUGGAACUGACUACGCUGACCUAUGAGCUGAGCGCCAACUACAGCUGCACCGUCACUGCGGACGAUGGCAGGAAAGCGAGUGCCAAGGAUGAAAUACUUAUCAUAGAUACCACCAGGAGGCACGUGUACCAAGGCACCUACCGCAACGACACCAAGUGCAGAGUGGAGGUUGAUGUCAAAUAUUACCCGGUGUUCCCGCAGCCAACCGUGAGCGCGGGCUUGUACUCGGACAGCCUUGGCGGAUUCUACGAGAAAAUCACCAACUGGGAUCGCGUCUACCACGCCAACGGCUCCGUAGGAUUUUCCAUCUAUUAUGGAUUCCAGAUCAACGAGAACACCCCAGUGGAUGCUUACUUCACCAGCUCCCUAGGCGUCACGAAAUCCGAUGGAACAUACAUAAGCCUGUAUAGCAUGACUUCUAAUUUCCAUUCGAAUCGUGGCUGCAAGAACGUCAGCAUUUCGGAGAACCAGACCGUCAGCUACAACACCAACUCGUGGACAUGCUUUGGCGAGCCCUUCUCGCUCUUUCGCGACGUGGAGGCGAGGGUGAAGUGCGCGGAAGGAUUCGUCAGCAGCGGGAACGUGACAUCCGUGACGCUGGUGUGCGAAUCGGCCAACGCCACGACUCAUCGCUGGAUCCCCGGGGACGAGGGCCUUCUGCCGGAGGACCUUGUCUGCGAUGCCUACAUUCCGGAAGUGACGACGCCAGCCGACGGGGCAGCCAUGAGGGUCGCCAGCUGCUACGCCUUGCUGACGGCGACGCUGCUGCUCUGCUUCCUCAGCCGCUGAUGGUGGCAGCCGUGGGCGGAGGUGACCGGGUGUUAGUCAUUCCAUCGGCCAAGACGACUCGUGGAGCCUCAAGACUUCGAGGAUUCGUGUGAUGAUUAACGUGAUUCUCUGCGCUGAGUUACGGGUUACGGUUCAUUUCAGGGCUUAGAUUAAAGGUAGUCGAAGGUGG